AUGAAAGAGAUAACGGACUUACGAAUUGGAACCUGGAACGUGCGAUCUUUGUUUAGGACUGGAGCUUUGACGACAUCUCUAUCGUGUCUUGAGCGAUACGAGAUGGAUAUAACUGCUAUUCAAGAAGUAAGAUGGACGAGUUCAGGGAACUUGAAGUCUCAAGGAAUGACUCUGUUUUACAGCGGUGAGGACAAACACGAACGAGGUGUAGGGUUUAUAAUUAAAGACAAUUUACUACCACAAAUUACAAAUUUCAAACCUAUAAAUGACCGUCUAUGUUACAUAGAACUUAAAUGUAAGUGGCACAAUCUGAUCCUAAUUAACUGUUAUUCACCCACUGAAGAUAAAAAUGAGGAGAUAAAAAAUGAAUUCUAUGAUAGUUUAGACAUGCUAUACGAUUCUUUACCAGCUGAUAAACCGAAAAUAGUGAUCGGAGAUUUUAAUGCAAAAAUUGGAAAGGAAACGAUAUAUAAACCAACAAUUGGAUCUGAAAGCUUACAUGAAGAAUCUAACGAUAAUGGCUAUAAGUUAAUCUCAUUUGCAGCUGCUAGGAAUAUGACUAUAAGUUCCACAUGUUUCCCGCACAAGAACAUUCAUAAACAAACAUGGAUUUCUCCAUGUGGAUAUGUAAGAAACCAAAUAGACCACAUAAUAGUUGAUUCACGGAUUAAGUCUUGUAUAAAAGAUGUAAGAAGCAUGAGAGGGAGUAGUGCUAUGUCAGAUCAUUUGCUCGUAGGAGCAAAAAUAAAUAUCAGAAUAUCAACAGAGUGGCGAAAGAAACAGAAACAUAAAGAGAAAAUAGAUAGAGAUGCACUGAAAACAUCAACAGCUAAAGUAUAUCAAGAAAAGUUAAUGUCGAAAAUACAGAAUAUACAAGAAAGACCAAAUAUAAGUGAAAUAUGGAAAGAAGUAGAACAAACAGUAAAAAAACAAGGAAAAUGUGGUUCAAUGAAGAAUGUAAAAGAGCCUUACAUGAAAAAGAUAGAGCCCGCAUGA